CCGGCGGCAUGACGACCAACACCAAGCGCGCGUACAAGCUCCAGGAGUUUGUGGCGCACGCCUCCAAUGUCAACUGCCUCAAGAUUGGGAGGAAGACAUCGCGAGUCCUUGUCACUGGAGGAGAGGAUCAUAAGGUUAAUCUUUGGGCUAUCGGGAAGCCCAAUUCGAUAUCGAGUUUACCAGGGCAUACAAGUGCUGUGGAGUCAGUUGCUUUUGAUUCCACAGAAGUAUUUGUGGCUGCAGGAGCAGCCAGUGGCACAGUAAAAUUAUGGGAUCUAGAGGAGGCGAAGAUUGUCCGCACGCUUACUGGACAUAGAUCAAACUGUAUGUCAGUUGAUUUCCAUCCUUUUGGGGAAUUCUUUGCCUCUGGGUCUUUGGACACUAAUCUGAAGAUAUGGGAUAUAAGAAGGAAGGGCUGUAUCCACACAUACAAAGGCCACACCAGAGGGGUGAAUGCUAUUAGAUUCACACCUGAUGGCCGUUGGGUUGUGUCUGGCGGUGAAGAUAGUGCAGUGAAGAUCUGGGAUUUGACAGCUGGAAAGUUACUGCAUGAGUUCAAAUCUCAUGAGGGUCAAAUUCAGUGCAUUGAUUUCCAUCCCCAUGAGUUCCUUCUGGCAACAGGUUCAGCUGAUAAAACUGUCAAGUUCUGGGAUUUGGAGACCUUUGAGUUGAUUGGAUCUACUGGACCUGAGAUGACAGGUGUACGAUCCAUGACAUUCAAUCCCGACGGAAGAUCUCUGUUAUGUGGGCUGCACGAGAGCUUAAAGGUUUUCUCUUGGGAACCAAUAAGAUGCCAUGAUACUGUAGAUGUGGGAUGGUCUAGACUAUCGGAUCUGAAUGUCCAUGAGGGAAAACUUCUUGGUUGUUCUUCUAAUCAGAGUUGUGUUGGAAUAUGGGUUGUUGAUCUAACGCGCCUUGAGCCACAUGCAACUAGUACUUCAGCAUUACUUAAUGGCCGUUCUGAAUUGAAGACUUCAUCAGGUGGCACUAUGCCAUUACAAAACGACAGUGGUUCAAGGGCUAACAUAGGGCGAUCAUCAGCUCUACAAAAUUCAGAGAAUAACUUAAAAGCUUCUACAGGAAGGCUCUCAGUUUCUCAAAAUUCAGAUUCUGCACCCAAAGAGAUUAAGCCGACAGCUCCAAGUGGCUUGGUCCCAAGCACUCCUCAAAGGGUCGGAACUGGCUCCAGUACUAGAACAGCUGGAAAUUCAACUUAUGCAUCUGGUGGCACCACAUUAAAGAGAAGUUCACUGAAGAGUAACAGCACUUCUAAUCUUCAUAAUUUCAGUAAAACUGACGUGGUGCCUGCUGCUGUUAUCAUCCCAAGAACUAGCUCAGGAGCAGAGCUUGGUACUGGUUCAAGAAGUUAUGCUGCUGAUGUGGCCCCUGUUCUUUCAAAGGCAAGCAGAAGGGCAGAGCCGGCUACUGAUCCUAGGACAGAAAGUGCUGAUGUGGCACCUGCUGUUGUUCCCAGAACAAGUUCAAGAAUGGAAAUGGCCUCUGAUUCAGCACCUGAUGCUGUUUCUAGGGUAGGCAGAAGGUUGGAAUCUGCUGCUGAUUCUAGGAAAGAAAGUGCUGAUGCAGCACCGGUCGUUCCCAGGGCUACUUCAAGAAUGGAAAUGGCCUCUGAUUCUGUACCUGUUCUUCCGAAGGCAGGCAGAAGGUUCGAGUCUGCUACUGAUUCAAGAAAAGAAAGCACUGAUGAAGCACCUGUUGUUGUUCCUAGAGCAACUUCAAGAAUGGAAAUGGCCUCUGAUUCUAGGAGAGAACCUUCUGCAGGAAGAGUAUCACCAUUUAGGAUCCAAUCAAGGUAUGCUGAACCAAGGAAAUCAACCAAUGUGAAAGUUGAUAUGGACAAAGUUGAUGUGGGAAGCAAAGAUACUGAAAGUGACGACCUUACUUGUCAAAUAUUUCUUCCUCGGAGGAAUGGUGCUGUUCAAACAGUGAUUCCCGAAGAAACUCGUGAAGAUGUAAAACAUGGUUCAGUUUACAGGUCGGGAUUUUCAGGUU